AUGGAGACCAAAAACCUACCUUUCCUGCGGCACUUAACGCCCCGGCUUGCCUUUUGUAUAUUCCUGAUGAGCAUCAGUGUCUUUAAUUUUGGCUUGGAAAAUACAGCCUAUUCCACAAUUCAGGCAAUGGACCCAUUCAUCAAUCGUUUCGGCACCCUCCGAAAGAACGGAAAAUAUGUCAUUACUCCAAAACAUCUGAGCUAUCUGAGCGCUUUUCCGAGAAUCACGUUUGCAGCCGGCAUUCUGAUAGGAGGUCGGAUCUCGGAACGUGUCGGCCGUCGACCCGUCAUUGUAUUGAUGAUGAUUAUCUGUUUAAUCGGCACCAUUGUAUCCUACACGGCUGAGACAUUCGCAGCGGCAUUGAUCGGUCGAAUGAUUGUCAACGGCUACGCAGGUAUGGAAGGCUGUGUUGUCCCCAUGUUUCAAGCCGAGAUCUCUCCGGCUGCGAUUCGUGGUAUCGUUGUCAUUAGCUAUCUGUUUAAUCAUGUUUUUGGUUCAUUUAUCAUGUCUUGCAUCACAUACAAAACGGCGGAUUUGAAGACGGAUAUGUCGUGGAAGAUCCCUAUUGCUGUGAUGUUUGUGAUACCUUGCUUGGUGCUUUUGCUCUCUUGGUUUUUACCAGAGUCUCCCCGUUGGCUUUUGCGGAAGGGCAGAGAUGAGGACGCUUUGAAACAACUCAAAUACCUCUAUGGAAGUGACGAUCAAGCUAGACUUGAGCGUGAAAUAGAGUUGUUGAAAGAAUCUUUAGCCGCUGACACUCAGGAGGGCACCUGGAUGGAUUUACUUCGGGGCACCAAUCUGCGCCGCACGAUCAUCGUCGUCUUCAUCCAAUCCUUCAACCAAUUGACCGGUCAGACCUUCGCCACUUCAUACGGAACAGUUUUCAUCAAAUCCCUCGGCACCAUCAAUCCAUUCAAGUUUACAUUGAUAUCCCAUGCAAUUGGUUGUCUGGGCCCCUUUUUAACAUUUUUCCUCGUGGAUAGGCUUGGCCGUCGUUACAUGUACCUCAUCUUCGGCACACUGUGCGGUUCGUGUCUAUUUGUCAUGGGUGGUCUGGGUCUGGGUACCGUGAACUUCCAACAGAAGGCUGGCAUAGUGGCAAUGGAUAUCUUGUAUCCAUUCUUCUAUUGUUUUUCGUUUGGUGGGAUGUCUCCCCUAACAGGGGCAGAAGUUCCAUCACCCAAAUUGAGAGAUAAAUCCGCAGUCGUAGGCUGGAGUUUCCAAAAUCUUUGGGCAUUCGUUGUUACAUUUGUGGUACCGUAUCUUAUUAGUGAUAGUUAUGCGGGCUUGCAAUCUAGGGUCGGAUUCAUCUUUGGCAGCAUCUGUGUUCUCGGUCUCGUCUGGGCAUACUUCUUCUUUCCGGAGCUCAAGGGUCGAUCACUUGAGGAAAUCGACGAGUUCUUUCAGGCCAAGGUUCCAGCUGGGAAGUCUAGGGACUGGCAACCAGCGGCACAGAGCGUGGGACACAAGAUUACUGUGAUCGAAGAUGAUGCGCCUAAUGCAGAGGAGGUCAUAUAUCCAGAAAGUACAGAAGUCGUGAAGGACACAGGCAGAUAUAGAGUAUUGCAGAUUGCAGGGUCUUCGGUUUGA